AUGACCAUUUCUUACUUCAUCCCCUCCUUGGGUGAUCGCCGGAAAGUUGGCCGAAAAUCCGGCUUGCGGAAGCGGUGUUUGGCGGUGGUGAAGCAGCAGAAAACCAGUUCCAUUUUGAUUCAAGGAGCUGAUGCUUUCAAAGAUAUAGGGACUAUACGUGUAGUAAGAUCAGAGGAUGGCACGGAUUGGUCGAAUAAGAGACGAGAUGUAAAUUGA